UAACAAAACCUGAAAAUCUGGUACACAACUAAAGUCGGUGAUCUGAGAUAUCUCUUUGUAUUGAAUGUGUUGAAUAUUUGUAAAUACUCCAAGUGAAUUGUGUACUAUCCAACCACUAUCAUUGGUACAGAGUACAUUGAGUAACACUCGAGACACGGGUGAUCUCAACGUUAUACUGAAAACAAUUCUUCAGUAAUAUACAAUAAAGGUAAUGGGGGGUCUAAGCAAGGUCGGUGUGAUAGGAGCUGGUAAGAUGGCCGGAGCUCUUCUAAAAGGAUGGAUUGGAUCCGGAGUAAUCAAAUCUAACCAGGUAUUAGCUAGCGUACCAAAACAGGAUGAAGCACUGCUUGAACCCUUUAAGCAGAUGGGCUGCAACACAACAUUUGAUAAUAAGGAUGUUGGAGAAUGGUCUGAUACUAUCCUAUUGGGAGUUAAACCUGGAAUUGUGGAAAUAGUAGCACAAGAUCUUAUAGGAAACUCGAAAGGUGAUCAGUUAUUGGUAAGUAUUGCUGCUGGACUCAAUACACAAACCCUUCAACAAUGGUUCGGACCAAAAUUCAGAGUUAUUCGAGUUAUGCCAAAUACCGCAGUUGAGGUUGGAUGUGGGGCUUCAGUUUAUGCCACUGGUUCAGGGGCAACCUCAGAGGAUUGUAAAAAUGUGGAAACUUUAUUCUAUAAAGUUGGAAAAUGUUGGAGGGUAAAAGAACAGGAUAUUGAUGCUAUUACUGGAAUAUCAGGAAGUGGACCAGCGUAUAUGUAUUUAAUAUUAGAAGCAUUGACUGAGGAAGGGGUUCGGCAGGGUCUAGGCCCUGACCUGGCUCGGAACCUGGCUGCCCAGACAAUGCAAGGAGCCGGUAUGAUGGCUAGCAUCAGACAUCCCUCUAUACUGAGGGGGGAGGUGACCAGCCCAGGGGGUAGCACUGCAGAGGGGGUCAGGGCACUAGAGAAGGGAGGAAUAAGAUAUAUUAUUAUGGAAGCAGUCGCGGCAACUGCGCGAAGAUGCCGACAGAUCGGAUCUUUAUAGUUUAGAAGAACAGGAUCGUUCCAGGAAGUCAGUGCUUUAUAAAUCCGCAAAAAAAGAUUGUAGCGAGUUAGCUUACCAUUAAAAAUUAUCUAAAAUUAUCCCCCUCCCACUCUAAGCAAAAAAAUUUUCUAAAGAGUACAACGAAAAUUUAAGGUCCUGUUGACAAGAUUUCAUAAAAUUUAUAAACCAUGUACCAGUACUCAUGAAAUUUUAACAUUAUUUUUGAAAUAUAUAAUUAAAAGAUUA